AUGAGCUAUCAUGAAUUAAUUGGAAAAUAUGUUAACGAUCGCGAUGAAACGAUCGUUAGCCAACUAGGACAAUUAUUGAAAACGAAAGAAUUGGCAUUAGUAGAUUUUAUUGUUAGCAUUGGUGAUCAUCUUCAAAGUACAGAAUUAUCAAAACGAUCUAUAGCUUUAACAUUAGGUGCAAAUGUUCUCGAACAUUUGCCCAGUACAUUUUUGGAAUCAAAUGAAAUUCAUCAUUUAAUAGUUUUUUUAAGUGCAAAAAUGAGUGAUCAUCAUAUACUUGUACAGCCAUCUGUUCAAUUAUUUCGUAUAUUGGCUAAACAAGCCGCUAUCUGUGAUGAUGAUUGUUUAUUAAUAAUAAAAGCAAUAUUUUCUGAUGUCUAUGUACAAUCAUUUCCACAAGCAAGUCGAUAUAAUGUCUAUGUUAUUUUUUUACAUUUUCUUUUAUAUCGUCUUGAUGUUGUUCAACAAGUUGGCAGUGAUUUUGUUUGUAAUUUUAUACAAGCAAUGGAUGGUGAACGUGAUCCAAGAAAUCUGGUUCUAUGUUUUCAGUGUUUACAAUGCAUGACGAAGCAUUUAGAGAUUGAACCUUAUAAAGAAGAACUGUUUGAAGUUGUUGCAUGCUAUUUUCCAAUGGAAUAUAAACCAAAAGCGACAAAUAAUGAAAAUGAAGAAACGAUUACACACGAACAACUUGUUCUUUCGUUACGUAACGUUUUAACAUCGACAGGUAAAUUCGCUCAAUACUGUAUACCGAUGUUACUGGAAAAACUUGAUUCUGAUAUACCCAGUGCUCGUGUAGCUGCUAUGGAUCUUUUUAUUCAUUGUAUUAAUGAAUAUGAUGCUCGAGAUAUGAGUUCAUAUUUAGUUCCAUUAUGGAAUUUACUCAGUAAACAGGCUUUAUGUGCUGAAAAUCAAGAGGUGGAAAUCUAUGCACUUCAGGCUAUAACUACAUUGAUGCAAUUAAUUGGAAAAACGGCUCAAAAUGAUGAAACAGAAAUUUCAACAAAGAAAUUUGUUGAUCGAGCUAUUCGAGAAUGUGAUAAAUUUCUUAAAGAAUUCGAUUUACAACUUGUUUGGCCAGCAACAAAAGUUCUUCAAGCUGUUGCACGUGCUAAUUCAACUUGCUCAUCACUUAUAUGGUCAAUUAUACUUCCUUUACUGAUUAAACAAUUUAACAACUUAGAACAGACUAAACAUAAACGAAUAAUUCUCGAUAUGAUUACUUAUUUUGUUCAACCAACAGAUAUUCGCACUAUAAUCAAAUUACCUACUGAUGUAGGCGAUGAACUGUGGAUAGCCAUAUCAACGAACUUCGAACUAUUUCCAAGUCAGUGCCUUUCAUUAACGAGUAAUCUUUUGCAAAUCAAUACUAUGCCUGGCCAAGCACUUGAAGAUAAUUUAACAAAAUUUAUUUUACAUGAAAAUAUCAAUGAUGAAUUAAAAAUAAAAUUAGCGAGUGUUUUGAAGACGAUAGCAUCAUCCGCUGUAUUUGAUCGUCUAUGUACAAUUUUACUCACAAAUUUAAUCAAUUCAUGGACAGCAUCGAAAACAGUGCCAUCUAAUUUAACAUUAGAAUGCUGUGUUGAUUUAUGUUAUAAUUCUGAACGAUGUCAAGAACGUCUUGAACGCUUCUUUUUUCCAUCGCAACAAUUCAUUCGACUUCUACCAAAUCUUUUCAAAUAUUUAUCACAUUCAUAUAUAUUAACAAAUUUAUUUACACCUUUAUUUGAUUUGUUAUUAUCAUCUGUUGCUCAUGAUAAUUAUACAAAAACGUUUUGUUCUAAAUGUGGUUCUAUUGCUAAUGAAAGUUGCAAAGCAUUUGUUCAAAAUUUUUACGAAACAAAUUUAUUCGAAGAUUCUAUUUGGCAAUCUGAUAAACAAAGCAAUUUAUUAAUCGGCAUUUAUUUUCUAGGAAAUUUAAAACGAAAGGUUUUUGAAAGCGAAUUAGAAUUAAUUUUUAAUAAAAUCAAUGGAAAAUUAAUUGAGAAAAUACUUGAUCAAUCAUCGAAUGAAAUGAUUUCUAUCUAUUGUUAUUUCUAUGGAAAUUUAAUUAAUAAAUUAUCAUCAAUAAAUGAAAUACUUGAACAAAUUCAAUCGAUGCUAAAAUCGUGUGAAACAUCUCUUGACGAAAAACACAUUCGUUUAUGGACGAUUAUUGUUAAAGCAUUGAUUCUCUAUCGUCCUUCGUUUAUUGAACAAUAUAUUCCAACGUUAAUAACAUGGAUGCAAGAGAAAAAUGAAAUUGGUGAUAUAGCAUGUAAAUCAUUAAAAACUUUAACCAAUUUUGAUGAACAAAUUUUAUUGUUAUCAUCUGAAGCUGAUUGUAUUGUUCAUCCAAUGGUUAAACAGCUUAUUUUCAUGAAUAUCUUUUCGCAAAUGAAACCACUUUUGGCUAAUAAUGAAUUAUUACCAAGUCAAAUAAAUAUACUUGUUGAUUUAUUAAGCAAUGUACCAAAUGCAAUUAUUCACGAUGAAAUAGUCUUAUUAUUCCCUAUUUUAAUUCGAGCAUUAACAUCAUCAAAUGAAUCGGUUUGGCCAUCAUCACUCAAUUCCAUAUGUGAUCUUAUUAAAUCCGAUCCAAAUACUGUAGUUGAUCAUAUUGAUACACUUUUUUCAAGAUUACCAACUUUAGCAACUUAUAAAAAAGAUAUGUCGAUUCGUAUUACAAGUCUAAAAUGUUUGAAAUAUUUAACAAAAUUACCAAUACAUCAUAUUCAGCCAUAUCGACGUCAUAUAAUGCACGUAUUAAAGACAUGUGUUGAUGAUCAUAAACGUCUUGUAAGAAAACAAGCCGUCGAAACGCAAAUGUCAUGGUGUUUAUUGAAUGUGUAA